UCUGUCCGAACGAUCACAACGCGUACCUUUAAAAAGUAAAGUCGAGUCUGCUGCGCGCAUUUGUAAGUUUACUUACAGUUCGUCCGGGUGGAUACUUGAAUCGUCGACGAUACAUAUCAUCAUGCCCAAUUGUCCAAAGUGUGAAAAACCCGUUUACUUUGCCGAGAGGAAGACGUCGCUGGGCAAAGACUGGCAUUCGGGAUGUUUGCGGUGCGAAAAGUGCAACAAGACCCUCACUCCGGGCUCGCACGCGGAAAAAGAAGGAAAACCUUAUUGUCAUAACCCGUGUUACUCGGCGCUCUUCGGACCAGGCGGUUUCGGCAGGGGCGGUGCGGAAAGUUACGUCUAUAAGAAAUAAACAUUUCCAGUUCAUUUCGAUGCCAGUAUAUACUUAUUGUUAACCUGUACAAUUUUUACACGUUGAAAAUCAAAUAAAGUUAGUUUUUCAAG